ACCUCGUGGGAGGAAUCUAGGAAGCAUUAGCAUGAGCUAUGUUAGCUCCCAUGUCUCUCUCUGCCAGGGUCACUGCUGCAACAGAAGGCAAACUUUGCUCCGAAGUUCACCUUCUUCUUCUUCGUCAUGAUUGCCAUGGAGGCUUGCCGUUCCUGCUGAUUCUACUUCCGCUGCGUUUCGUGUACCAAGCUUCAAAACCGUAAGUUUGUGGUCUUGCCCACUUGCACUAUGAUCGAUGAAAAGAUCACGUCUCAUUAUAGUGAUUUAUGACAUUUGAGCUCUCUGGUUCCUGAAUCAUUGAUCUUCUCCAAAAUGGGAAGAGAUCCGGGGAAAUGGAUAAAGACCUUGUUUUCAGGGAAGAAAUCACCAAAGUCUAAUCGAUCAAGCAAAAAAAAUAUCUUGAAACCUUCAAGCAACCUGGAUGUGCUGGCCUGUAUUGAGGCACCUGUGCCUUAUAUUCCUGAUUCUUCACUGAUAUCCCCACCUACAUCUGGAUCUGAUGCUAGUAAAGAAGUGCUCUUGGAAAAGGUAGUUGUUUGUAGAUCAUCAAAUGACGGGAACAUUCUCUCAGCUGGGGUUGAAGAGAACAAUGCAGAAGCUGUUGAUUCCGGCUCACUGGAUGAUGCUGAUAAAAUCAGGCUUGCUGAAGCUGCUAUAAAAAUUCAGGCUGGUUUUAGGAGCUAUCAGGCAUGGCGGGCAUUUCAAACAUUAAAAGGUGUCAUACAACUGCAAGCUCUUAUUCGAGGCCACUUGGUUAGAAGGCAGGCUGUUUCUACUUUAUACUGUGUGAAGGGAAUUGUAAAAGUUCAAGCGUUAGUUCGUGGUCACAAGGUUAGACAUUCUGAUAUUGGGAUUGCUGUCCUCAAAAAUUUCAAGGAUACUAAAUGUUCAAAUUCUACUGGAGUAGUUACAACUGCUCCGGCAGAGAAGCUGUCAACCAGUGUCUUUGUUAACAAGCUUCUGGCCUCCUCAUCCUCACCAGUUUCUUUCCAUCUUAAUUUUGAUCCUGGACAACCUAGCUUCACUUGGAAGUGGCUUGAGCGUUGGACAAGGUCAAACUUUUGGGCACCUCUUCCCAAAUCAGAGAAGAAACUUGACUUAAAGUCCAAUGAGAAGAGUAGCAAUUGUCAAACGUUUGAAAAUAACAAGGGGAAAGCUAAAAGAAAUAUCAAGAAAGAUUCUGGUUUGAAAGUCGAUGAUGGCUUGACCUCAGAGUCAAACAAACUUAAACAGCCUGCAAAAAAGGUUUCAAGCCACCCAGUGCAGUCAUGUCAGGAACAUCCACAAAAAGAAAUAAAAAAUCAUAUUAAGAAGUCUUCGACGCAGAGUGUUUCUAGUAGAUCUGAGGUUGCCCCUGAGAAAAAGAAACACAUCACUGGAAAACUUUCGGGUCAUGCCGUCACUGAUGUUUCAGAGCAGGGUGCUCGUGUUUCAGCAGAUAAAAAGAAAAAUUUGGGUGUGUCAAAAUCAAAGCAAUCUGAUCUUGAAAAAAGCCUUGGAUUGCAAGCAAAAGAUGAGCAUGGGGAAUCACACAAUCAUUCUAUUGCUGAGUCGCAGACUAGUUUAAAGAAUGGUAGAGAAGUUGGUCGCGAAGACAGUGAGGACUUGAAAAUUACUAUGAACUUUCCGAACUCCCUAAGAAGAGCUUCACUGCCUGGCAAUUUCAAUGAUCAAUAUAAUGACAGUUCUCAUAGCACUCCAAGACUUCCUAGCUAUAUGGCCCCUACUGAAUCUGCAAAAGCUAAGCUAAGAGCUCAAGGCUCUCCUAGGCUUGCUGGUGACUUGGUGGAUAAAAAUGGUAUAACCAGGCGUUAUUCAUUCACUUCUUCAUUAAAUGGCAAGUUUGGCUUAUUUUCCCCAAGACCAGAACGACUGUUAAACACAGGCAGCAGAGGAAUGAUCAGGACUGAUAUAUCUCUGUCAUCAUUAAGGGAUGGUGCUGAGAAGUUCAUCCAACCCCAGUGGAGAAGGUGAUCUCACCAAUUGUUAAGUACAUGGAAACUUCGACAGGGGAGGGUUGUCAUAUUUGAAGCCUCAGAUAUCAAAGUUUGGUGGUAUAUAUGUUUAAUUGUCUAUGAUUCGUCGCUUGUGGACAUGCCUUGGCUUUGCUUCCCCGACGCUUUGCCAUAUCUGUAUUAUUGUUGUUCUCAGGUCAAAUACUUAAAAAAUUUGAAAAUGGAGAUAAUCUUUUCAAGUCGAGUCAUUUGUUCUGCUUAUGUCGAGAUAUUUGGUAGUGACUAAGGCAAGUUAUUUCCUCCAAUUUUUUUUUAAAUUUAAAUGAAAUAAAAUGUAGGCUCAUGUCACGUUAUUUA